AUGAACCCGCAAUGUUCAAAAUGUAAAGCAGCAAUGAGGAAAUAUAACUACUCCGUCAAAGAGAUAGAAAGAAUGAGAAACGACUAUGCUGACUUAAAGAAAGAAGCAGAAAAGCCAGCAGAAGAUAAAAUGAACAUGUUAGAAUUUCUGAACAAAAACUAUCCAACAGCAGAAGAUUUCCUUCUAUCUGACGUCAAGAAGAAGUAUAAAGAAACUUUCGGUAUCGUUAAAACAUUCGAUAUCCUCAGCGAAGAAAUAGAAGCUACGAAAUUGUUUAGGAUUUCAAAUAUACAUCGUACAAUUCAUGUAAAACGCUUAUAA